AAGGCGCUCGUGGGCGGGGCCCCUGUUAUGAGCACAAGUGUCACGGCGCGUAGGGCAGUUACGUGCGGGGGGACUCGGGAAACCUGGCUUCCUGUGGCUGCAGCAUGGACAGCGGACAGCAGGUAUGAGGAGAAUGGCAGGAAGACCCGGGAGGAGGCCACUGCGGCAGCCCAGAGGGUGUGGACGCUGCGGGCCAGUUGGGGGGAUUGGAAGUCGGAGAGAAGGUCGAAUUCUGUAUCAUUCUUUUUUUUUUCCUGUCUUAGUAGAUCUUGUAUUUUGUCAUUAAGAAGGUAAGAGAGAAGUCAGGGAUGACUAAGGUUAUUGGAAAAGUUCAAUGACUGUUUGGGUGGAAGCCUGUAGUAUGAUUAAUUUUUGCUCAGGAUAUAAGUGAUGGUUUCACUGUGUUGAGUGUGUGCGAUGUUUUGAAGAACAAAUUAGUAGAGUGGGUAGCUGGCCAGACAGGUAUGAAAAAUUGGUGGAUAGUUUGCGGACCAGGGUGGAGCGGUGUGUCUAAGCUCAGGCCACCUAAGCAAAAUUCCUGGGAAGUCCAAGAUCGAAGCACUGGGAGAUUUGUUUCCUGGUGAGGGGCUCUCUUCCUGUCUUACAGAUGCCUGCCUUCUCACCUUAACCUCACAUAGCCUUUCCUUGGCCCAGCAAAGUGGAAUGAGCAGAUGUCUUCCUUUGCUCCUAAGGGUCACACCCUUAUGACCUAAUCUAAACCUGAUUACUUCCCAGAGGCCCCACCUCCAAAUAACAUCGUACUAGGAAGUAGGCCUUCAACGUUGGCAUUUUAGGGGGAUGCAUACAUUCAGUCCACAGCACUGUGGGUCACAUUUCGUGGAAUAAUCCUGAUGAUGUUAAUAGCAGACCAGGAAGUCUGAAGGUUGGGUCUCAUGCUUGGGCACCUGGUGGAGGUGAUAGACAUGACAGACAGAGGAGAGAAGUGGCACUGGGAACAGCGUGGAGGAGACGGUGAUCUGGCAGGUGGCUGAGGCUUCUGAGCAUUGCGCGCUGCUGACACACAGGUAGAGGCUUAUAUAGGAGUAACUGAGGCAAGAUGACAGGUCAGUCAUCCUGCUUAUUCAUGGCUGGGGGAGGUGGUGGGGGCCACCAGGAUUUUGUUGUGUCAGGAAUUUGAGUCGGGCAGGAGGGUUAGUUAAGCAGCACACAUGGGCGUCUGGAGAACUGAACCUGGGCUGCAAAGCCUCUGGGACUGGGUUUUGGAAUGAGGGUGAGGAAGAGAGGAAGGCUGUGACUGGUGAGAAAUCAAGUGCAGUACAAGUGGGAAAAGGUCUUGGUUCUAUGAGAUGCACAAGUGUUUGUGGGGGGCUGAGGUGGAGGCGAGUAAUAGAGCCACAGCAGGAAGCCUUUAGAGCGGCACGCUGCACUGCCACGGCCAGGGGGACCAUUGGCGGUCUGGGGUGCUACCAGGUCCUGUUUGACGUAGGAGGGACAGGGCAGUGCGUUUGGUGCAGGGCAGGGAAGAGGCAGUAACCAUGAGACAGACAUUGGUAGAGUGAUGUGCAGGCCGGGAGAUGUGAACUGGCGGCCUGAGUGCUCUGGCAUUGAGGAUAUAAGGGUGAAGUGUGAGCCCGCCCCACUGGCUCUGUCUGAGAGGCAUGACGUGGGAGGCAGUAGGACUGCCUGGCCGGAGGGAGUAUGUCCCUGCAGGCCGGGCCCAGAGCUUCGGUGCUGCCUGCCUGCCUGCUGUUGCUGUGGUUGGAUACGGGGAUGAAAGGGCCCAGGAGGAGACUGCUUGUCAGUGGUGCCAGACCCUGAUGUCUCCUCUGAGAUGGGGAAAUGAGGAGGGUGAGCAGAGGGCAAAUGAAUGAGUGGGUGAACGUGGGGUCCUAGGAGAAAAGUUGAUCAUGGAGUGAACUGUCCCCAUUAUCGCAGGGCUCUGUGACCUUUGAGGACGUGGCCAUUUACUUCUCCCAGGAGGAGUGGGGCCUCCUUGAUGAGGCACAGCGGUUCCUAUACCACGACGUGAUGCUGGAGAUCUUUGCACUUACAGCGUCCCUGGCAUUUCUCUGCCUUCAGAUUGUUGGUGUGGAGCAAAGGAUGAGGUGCCUUCUGAGCAGAGUGUUCCUGUAGAAGAUGCCAGGACUUCCAUGGCAGGUCCAUUGACUGAGAAGACCCAUCCUUGUGAGAAGUGUGUCCCAGUCUUGAAAGAGGUUUUACACCUGACUGAGCUCCAAGCAACAUAUCCUGGACAGAAACCAUACUUGGGUGGGACAUCUAGAGGCUUAUUGUACAGUGAAAACCUUCGCCAGUACCAAAAGUAUGACAGUGGAGAGAAAAUCUUCAAAGUACACAUGGACAGGGCCUCACUUGUGACAAGCUGCAGAUUCCAUGUGUCGGGGAAGCCCUUCACUUGUGGGGAGGGUGCAAAGGACUUCUCAGCUCUAUCAGGCCUUCUGCAGCACCAGGCCACUCCCAAUGGUGAGAAGCCACAUGGCAGCAUCAAGCAUAGGGAGUCCUUUAACAGUGGGAAAAGUUGUAACAAGUGGGUUGAAUGCAGGAAAGUAUUUAGCAACCCUCACACACUUCACCACCAGAGAGUCUGCACUGGAGAUGGUCUUGAUGAAUGUAGCAACUGUGGAAAAGCCUUCAGCUGCAAAUACAAACUUAUUCAGCACCAGGAAGUUCACACUGGAGCAAGGCCGUAUGAGUGUGGUGAAUGUGGGAAAUUCUUUAGGUACAAAAGCUGCCUCACUCGACACAGGACAGUUCACACUGGAGAAAGGCCUUAUGAGUGUGGUGAAUGUGGGAAAUCUUUCAGUGAGAACUCUGUCCUUGUUCAACACCAAAGAAUUCACACUGGAGAAAGGCCUUACGAGUGUGGUGAAUGUGGGAAAUUCUUCCGCCACAAAAAGUCUCUCAUUCAACACAGGACAGUUCACACUGGAGAAAGGCCUUAUGAGUGUGGUGAAUGUGGGAAAUUCUUUAGGUACAAAACCUGCCUCACUCAACACAGGAGAGUUCACACUGGAGAAAGGCCUUAUGAGUGUGGUGAAUGUGGGAAAUCCUUUAGCUGCAAAAACUCCCUCACUCAACACAGGACAGUUCACACUGGAGAAAGGCCUUAUGAGUGUGGUGAAUGUGGGAAAUUCUUUAGCUACAAAACCUGCCUCACUCAACACAGGAGAGUUCACACUGGAGAAAGGCCGUAUGAGUGUGGUGAAUGUGGGAAAUCCUUUACCUGCAAAAAGUCCCUCACUCAACACAGGAGAGUUCACACUGGAGAAAGGCCUUAUGAGUGUGGUGAAUGUGGGAAAUUCUUUACCCGCAAAGGCCACCUCACAAAACACAGGAGAGGUCACACUGGAGAAAGGCCUUAUGAGUGUGGUGAAUGUGGGAAAUCUUUCACUGAUAGCUCUAUCCUUUUUCAGCACCAAAGAGUUCACACUGGAGAAAGGCCUUAUGAGUGUGGUGAAUGUGGGAAAUUCUUUAGCCGCAAAACCCACCUCACUCAGCACAGGAGAGUUCACACUGGAGAAAGGCCUUUUGGGUGUGCUAAAUGUGGGAAAUCUUUCACUGACAACUCUGCCCUUGUUCAACACCAAAGAGUUCACACUGGAGAAAGGCCUUAUGAAUGUGGUGAAUGUGGGAAAUUCUUUACCCGCAAAACCUCCCUCACUCAACAUAAGAGAGUUCACACUGGAGAAAGGCCUCAUGAGUAUGGUGAAUGUGGGAAAUCUUUCACUGAGAACUCUGCCCUUGUUCAACACCGAAGAGUUCACACUAGAGAAAGGCCUUAUGAAUGUGGUGAAUGUGGGAAAAUCUUUACCCGCAAAACCUCCCUCACUCAACACAGGAGAGUUCACACUGGAGAAAGGCCUUAUGAGUGUGGUGAAUGUGGAAAAUUCUUUAUGUACAAUACCUCCCUCAAUCGACACAGGACAGUACACACUGGAGAAAGGCCUUAUCAGUGCAAUGAAUGUGGUAAAUCCUUUAGCCGGAGCUCUGCCCUCCUUCAACACAGGAGAGCUCACUUGCAGUAAAUGUGGGAAAUCCUUGAGCUGCAAAUCUGACCUGUCAACACCAAAAAUUCACACUGGAAAAGGCCUUAGAUACUCAAAGAGAAUUUGCUCUUUCCGUAUUAAGUGUAACUGUUGGGGAAAAACCUCUGUGAGAAGCCACCUGUGUGGGAUUCACAUAUAAAGCACAAAAAUCAUAUGAAUACU